AUGGCAUCAAGUGACUCGGAUUCCACCUACUCGCCACCAGUCCCUUAUGACCUAGAGUCAAUUGAUUCGCUGCAAGUCAGGUCUGAUGAUGAAGAUGAGUUGAAGAGAGAAACAUCAAACAAAUUAAGCCUUCGAAAGACGGAAACGGUUUACUCAUUAAUUGAAAGAGGAGUAAGCAAAAAUGCACCAUUACAGGGUCUUAAUCAGCCACCGGUUGAGAGUCCGAUGUUCCCUGAAGAGUAUGUUUUGGAAACAGAAACAGGUUUGGUACCAGCCAAAACAUUGGAGAGUUUAGGUAGAGAAGUUAGUCAGAAACAUAAGCUUAAAGAUGAGAUAGUAUUUGUCACUUUUACUACUAAUGAUCCAGAAAACCCUUUGAAUUGGCCAAUGUGGCUCAAAUGGGUAUAUACGUUGUUGUUUUCUCUUGCUGUUAUUAGCGCAGCCUACGGGUCCUCUUGUCUAUCAGGUGGUUUAUUCACAAUUAACGAAAAGUUUCAUGUUUCAACUGAAGUGUCGACACUAACGGUGUCUUUGAUGGUUCUUGGCUUUUGUGUGGGGCCAUUGCUUUGGGCCCCUUUGUCUGAGCAGAUAGGCAGAAGACCGGUUUAUAUUAUAAGUUUUGGACUAUAUACCAUUUUCAACAUUCCGUGUGCUUUGGCACCCAAUAUUGGUGGUUUACUUGUUUGUCGGUUUUUGUGUGGAGUUUUUGCUGCUAGUGCUUUGACCAACGCGGGUGCUAGCCUAGUCGAUAUUCACGAUGAGACUCGUGGUUUGGCUAUUGCAUUUUUCAGUUUUUGUCCUUAUAGUGGGCCCGUUUUGGGCGGCGUUGUUAAUGGGUUUAUUAGUGUAGGCACUAAAAGAUUCGAUUUAAUGGUUUGGGUCAAUAUGGCAUUUGCAGGUGUUAUGUGGAUUAUCUUAGCCUUGAUUCCGGAAACUUAUGCGCCAGUUAUUUUGAAGAAGAGAGCCAAGAAGCUAAGAAAAGAAACCGGUGAUUCGAAUAUCAUGACAGAGCAAGAGAUGUCUCCACUUUCAUUAAAGGAAAUGGUGAAAAUCAAUUUAUUGUUACCAUUGAAGUUUGUUGUCACUGAACCAGUAUUGGACCUAGUUUGUGGUUAUGUUGCUAUAAUAUAUGCAUUAUUAUAUGCAUUCUUCUUUGCUUAUCCAUACAUUUUCAACAAAUUGUAUGGCUUUGAAGAUAACAAGAUUGGUCUCAUGUUGAUUCCAAUUUUGAUCGGCGCUGGAUUAGCUGUCACCACAACUCCAUUUUUGGAGAGCCAUUACAAGAAGAUUAGCAAAAGUGGUAAGCCAGUACCACCAGAGAUGCGUCUAUGGGGAGCAAUGAUCGGUUCUCCAUUUCCGGCAAUAGCGUUGUUUAUCUUGGGAGCGACGUCUUACAAACAUAUCAUCUGGGUAGGACCAGCGUCGUCAGGUUUAGCUUUUGGAUACGGGAUGGUUUUAAUUUAUUAUUCGCUCAAUAAUUACAUUAUUGAUACUUAUGCCAAAUAUGCUGCUUCGGCAUUAGCUACAAAAGUGUUUCUUAGAAGCACUGCCGGUGCAGCGUUCCCGUUAUUUGUUACUUAUAUGUAUAAGGGAUUAGGGCUUCAAUGGGCGAGUUGGUUACUAGCAUUUGUUUCAUUGGCAAAUAUCUUGAUCCCUUUUUCAUUCUUUAGAUGGGGUAAAAACUUACGAGCAAAGUGGUGUAAGGAGGACUAUACCAUGCAUAGAGACUAG